AUGUGCCGGGGCCGAGGUGCAAUCGCUUUGAGCUCUACUUUGCCUCCCCUGACACUUGGCGAAGCCCUCGAAAUGAAGAAGUUUGACGCUGUUGAGUUGGGACCCCGGAGACAGCAGUUCACCCUGGUGGACACCAAAAAGGAGUUGGAACCCUAUCUCUUCAGCCACACUGGGGAAGAUGCCAUUCAGCAUCUCUUUGAGGUGAGUUCUGGCCUCGACUCCUUAGUCCUGGGCGAAGCGCAGAUCUUGGCACAGGACGUGCCUGUGGCAGGGCCGCGGGGACCCAGAAGUUCGUCAGGUGGAAAGAUCGUGGCAAAGAUGUUGAAUGCCGCGUGGGAUGACUCAGAAGAUUCGCAUGGGCAAAUUGGUACGCAGCCGAACCAAGAUUGGAAAAGGCAGAUGAUGGUGACAUUGAUGGUCUCGAGUGGUCUCAUGCUGUUCCGUCUCCGUCUCCAGUGCUGCAGUGGAAUUGAUGAUGUCCAGGGCGAUGCAAGACUUGCGAAAGCCUGCGAACAAGCUGCAUGCGGCAGCCUGAGAGUGCGGCGCUGCGGUUUCAUGUGGAGUUGGCUGUUGCUUCUGGCACUCUUCAGCAAACAUCCGGACAUUAAGGUGACCCUGGUGAAUCGCUCUGUGGAAAAAGCACAAGAGGUCUUGGAUGAUGACAUGGUCAAGAAUCGCGGCGGCGCCAAUGCCUCGGUAGCGCCACUGGAUCAGAUGUUUGACGUCAUGCGUCAAAGCGAUGUGACCUUCACUGCCACUGGCAGCAAGGUGCCAAUCAUCCACGCCAAGGACUUGCAGGAACUGGAGCGAAAUCUCAUGUUGGUGGACAUCUCGGUGCCUCUGAACGUGGCCGGCGACUGUGCCGAGGUGGAGCGUGUGACCUCGUACUCUGUGGAUGAUCUUAAGAAGGUGGUGGAAGCGAACGCCAUGAAGCGCCAGGCCGAGGUCAAGAAGGCCCGUCGAUUCAUCACCGAGGAGGUCGCCAAGUUCAAGUGCUGGCAGGCAUCGCAAGGGGCGGUGCCCUAUUUGGCGGCCUUGCAGGCGAUGGCCGAAAAGAUCCGACGUGAGGAAUAUGCCAAGAUGGAGCACAAACUGAAGGGCUUGCAAGAGAAGGAAAAGGAUGCCUUGGACAAGCUGACAAG